AUGGACAAGUCAUCCACUCGUGCUUGUAAUGGCAGCGUUGUCGGCAAUGAAGUCGCGGACACCACUCCAAGCAGCGGUGGCCCUCAGACGGCCGAUGGCCACGACCCCUCGUACAGCGUCAACCGCUUCCUCCUUGACACCGAAAACCACCCGCCGGGGCACGGGCCAGCGCGAGACGCAGCCCAAGCGUUGCAAAAAAUACGCGACUUCGAGGCCAAAUUUAAUUCGAGCAGCGACGCUCCUCGGGGCAGCUAG